UUGCAGAUAUCUGAUGAUGAUCGAAUGAGCUUAACUACAGCCGUCUCUGAUGAAGAUGAUGGCGAAAGUGUCAUGGCGUCACCAUAUAAAGCAAAGGCAACUGGAACGGCUGCUUCCUCUUUCAAUUGCACUGGUGCUGUACGCAAAGCUGGUUUCUUGUCGGUGAAAAAAUGGCUACUCCGCAAAAAGCAUCAAAUCGAAUUGGCUCGAAAACGAGGUUGGAAAGGUUAUUGGGUUUGUCUAAAAGGCACCACACUACUAUUCUAUCCGUGCGACUCACGUGAAGGGCGUAGCGUCGAAGCGGCACCAAAGCAUUUAAUUAUUGUUGAUGGUGCGAUUAUGCAACCUAUACCAGAGCAUCCUAAACGUGAUUACAUAUUCUGUUUGAGUACAGCAUUCGGAGAUGCGUAUCUAUUCCAAGCGCCUUGUCAGGUUGAAUUGGAAAACUGGGUAAACAGUAUUCAUAGUGCUUGUGCUGCAGCAUUCGCACGACAUCGCGGAAAAACUGGAACCUUGCAUCUCUUGCAAGAAGAGAUUUUCCGCUUGGAAAAAGCCAUUGAAUCGGAUCACAAACUGAAGCAUAUGGCUGAGCUGCAACAAUCCGUUGUUACCGACCAAGAUACACGCCAUCAAAUACAGACACAGAUUCUGCAAUGGGAAGAGAAUUUGGAGCGUUUACAUUGCGAGCAGUUCCGCUUGCGUUGCUACAUGGCGUCGUUGCAGAGUGGCGAAUUGCCAAAUCCAAAAUCUUUACUCACACAUGUUUCGCGGCCCACCAAAAAUACUUUGAAUAAACUGGGCGUCUUUACUGUAUCCUCAUUUCAUGCAUUCAUUUGUGCUCGUUCGCCAUCUUUGCUGAAUAACUUAUUGGCCGGUCGUGGUGCCACGAAACGUCGACCUCCGAUGCUCUCCCGUUCGAAUAGCGGCUCAAGUCGACGAUCCAUGCAGAUGAAUUCACGUGACGAACCAGAAAAAACCUUCAAAGUUGCCAUGCCUGAUAACGCAUAUGCUACAGUUUAUUUACGUGACGCCAUGUCGGUGGAAGAAUUUUUGGCCAGCGCCUGUGCUCGUCGCAAUCUGAAUCCGAUGGAACAUUUCGUACGUGUGAAGAAGCGACGUGACAUGGAGGAUCACAACUACUUUGUGCCACAUCGUAAUGAUUUGAUUGAAAAUUACUUGCAUAACCACGAAUUCGUUGAGGUUUGCAUGAAGAUACUCUAUCAAGUGGAAUUACAUCGAACUACGCUCGAACAAAUGUGGGGCUUCUCCGUCGAAGCGGAAUUGAUCGAGAAUGCCGAACGACAGGAUGAACUCUGCUGCUAUGUUAGCCGCGUAGAGGAUAAGAGUGUAGCCAUGCAAAAUGGUAUUAUCAAGGGAGACGAAAUAAUGGUGAUCAAUGCUGCAAUUGUAUCCGACUUGGAUAUGAUGUAUUUGGAAAGUGUAUUGCAAGAGGAGCAGUCGCUGUGCAUGAUGAUGCGGUCAUCACGCACUGAACCACCAGAUCUAGUUGGCAUUAUGCGCGUCACUGAUGACAUGAUUGAUUCAUUGGUUUGUCCACCGCCACCAUCGGAUCCACCCGUAAUGAGCGAAGAGAUGAUAUCCGGUUUAAUCGUACCGGCGCCAGGUUGGAAUGGCACCGGUAAAGAUUUAUAUUCACCUGAGGCUGAAAGCUCACCGGCCCCAUCAUCCGUUGAGCCGACACCAGCUCAAAUGGUCGCAGCCGUCACCAAGCCGACUUCCCGUACGAGCAGUUUUGAAAUUGAGAAUCUUCUUAAGACCGCAGAGCAGGUUACCGGAUUUUGUCGUUCACCUCAGGAAACCCGUAAAUCCAGCCCAACUGGCUCAGUCACAUCGUCAGCCUCGAAUGCCGCACUGACACCGUCACGUCAGCUCACCGAUGCCGAGAAACUGCGCAAGGUCAUCUUGGAAUUGGUCGAUACAGAACGCACGUAUGUUAAGCACUUGAAUAAUCUACUGGAACACUAUUUAGAACCAAUGAAGCGAGAGACAUUCCUAUCGAAUGCUGAAAUAAAUGCACUCUUUGGUAAUAUUCACGAAAUUGUCACAUUUCAAAGACAAUUCUUGCAAAAUCUGGAAGAAGCACUUGAAUUGGAGCCAGAAUUUCAUAAAUUCGAGCAUUCUAGUCAGUUCCGGAAUGUUCUCUUUGCAAUCGGUUCGGCUUUCUUGUACUACGUCAACCAUUUCAAGCUCUACUCAUCAUUUUGUGCCAGCCACAGUAAAGCGCAAAAGGUUUUGCAUCCAAAUGAAGGUAAUCACGCAUUGCAGGAGUUCCUUGCCGCACGUAAUCCGAAACAGCAACAUAGCAGCACUCUCGAAUCGUACUUAAUCAAGCCGAUACAGCGCAUCCUCAAGUACCCUUUGCUUUUGCAACAACUGCGCAAUUUAACCGAUUCGCGAGCCGACGAACACUUGCACUUAUGCGAGGCUCUCAAGGGCAUGGAAAAAGUGGCUGAGCAUAUCAAUGAAAUGCAACGAAUACACGAAGAAUAUGGUGCUAUAUUCGAUCAUUUGUUCCGACAACAUCAGAAAUCAUGCAAGCAACCCAUUGAUUUGAGUCCAGGUGACCUACUCUAUUACGGUGGUGUUGAGUGGCUUAAUAUUUCCGAUUUUCUUGGCAAAAUCAAGAAGGGCCUGGAGUUGCACGCCAUGUGCUUUGUUUUUAAAUCAGCGGUUGUGUUCCUCUGCAAAGAACGUUUGCGUCAAAAGAAGAAACUGAUGGGAGUCUCCAGUAAAAACGCUCCCAACGAAGUCGAAAUUAUACGCUAUCAAGUGCUCAUACCAGUCACAGAGGUACAAGUGCGCGCCUCCUCUGCAAAAGAUAUGGACUCGCACUUCCUAUGGGAAUUGAUACAUUUACGCUCACAACUACAACGCCGCUCCGAAAAGGUUUACGUGCUCUCGAACAGCACGGCAGACUUCCGUAACGCAUUCCUCAAAACUAUACGUCAAAUCAUACGCGAAAGCGUACGCAACAUGUCAAUUCCGUUGAAGGGAUUUGGAAGUUCCGGCUCAGUUUCUGGUAUCUCAUCGCAAGGUGGUGGAUCGGGCACUUCUCAGACGCUGGAACGACCAAAGCAACAGAUAACAAUCAUACAAGGUUCUCAGACAUUAGGUAAACCCAAAAAGAAAUCCGGUUCGCAACGUCAUUCCGCCGGCAACAUCGACUACGAUAAUCUCUCGGGCAGCCAAGAGGCCGACGAUGUGCCAAUGCUACACCAUCAGCAUCAGCAUCACCAGCAACUACAACCGACUGGUUUUCGUGGGCGCAGCAGGACUGUGGGCGAUGCUACAGACUUAAUCUCCUCCUCCAUAGACCCACAGCAACAGCAGCAUCAAAAGCAUAUACAACGUCACCAACAACAAAUUCAUCACCAUCAGCAAAUGCAUCAGAGCGAUAUAGAACGCAUGGACCCUGGUACUAAGUCCGAAGGAGAGGAGGACUCCCAACAGGGCACAAUGAAAGCGAAAGCCACGCUGGGUCGUACACCAAAUCACUUGACGUUAAGCACCACAUCAACCCUAUCGGUCGGUAGCACUGGUAGUCAAGCGCGUUUGAUACAAUCAUCCCAUCCGCCAUCGAGCUAUCAGCCCGUUCUUAUGAAAGAUUUAGGUAAGACUAACUCAAUAACAAACGAACUAUCGUCCGAAUCGGAUUUGCAAGCUGCAUCCGUAGCAGCAGCUUUUAAUUUAAGUUUAGGUAGUAGUGAUAGUAGAAUUCUAUAUACAACAGGUAAUACCAGUGCCACCACGAACAGUGGUAACGAUAAUUAUUUGCAUUGUGUUCCUACUCCCAAACGCUUGUCUCCACGACAAUCGCCCAAAGCAGAUAUCGAAGUAAUUGAAAUUUUUAGCAAUGAGCUAAGUCAAUUGUCCGCCGCUCAGCAAGUAUCGGUUGUGCAUCAUUCAGCAAAAGAGUCUUCCAAAAAGUCGACCAGUCGCCAAACAAGUGUCAGCAGCAGCGGUAGUGGUAGCAGUAGCAACGGCGCUACUGCCUCCGCCAACAAUGUAAUGGCUCAUGUAGUAGAUAAACACUUGAGUGAUCUCGAGCACGAACAGCUCACGGACACUACGUACGAUAUCGCUGCCUAUAUGGCCAAUCUUAAAGAACAGGCACUCGAAUCACAAGAUAUGCAAAUGGACGCACAAGAUCAGCAACAAAAUGACUCGAGUCUUUCGCCGGAACCACAGACGGUAGUAGAAAAUACCCAGCAAACAGUGGUGGCUGAUAUCGAAUCACCACCACGACCUGCCACAGAAUCUGAUAGCACAGGAACCACAACAGGCACCUCAGAAAAGUCUGAAGACGAAUCGGAAUGUGCUCUGUCAACGGCGAUGCAUCACGUCAUUAUCGAUAAGAAAGUUGAUAAAGUAUUUAAGUCCAAAACCUCUGAGAAGGCACAAAAAUCGAGUAGUGGCAGCAGCAGUAGCAUCGCUAGUACUGGCACAAAGCCAAAGGCGACAAAGUCGCCACGUCAAAGCAUAUACAUUUCACCCGACCGCUCCAAAUCGCAAGGUAGUUCACCAGUACGAAUAAUUAAAAUAAAGUCACCACGCGCAAGUGUCAGUGAGCAAGGUAAACGAUUAAGUGUUAGUUCAAGCCGCGACUCCUCGGCCGAUCGUCUUUCCAGCGGACGGCGCACACCCAGCCCUCGUCGUAGCUCGGAAGGCAGUGGUAUAUUAAAGAGACCCGUCAGCCCUGCUGGCGGCAUACUUAAGCCACCACCAAGCCCUAGCAAAUCGAAAAGUCCCGACCGUAGCUGCCUGAAAAAACUCACUCCCGCUCACGACUGCAGCGUUGAGUCACUUUCUCCACAUAUAUCACCGCGCGAUAGCAUUGAGCACCUAUCGCCCGAUCGUGCCGGCACCAAUCUUUGUCAACGACACUCGCCGCGCAGUAGUUUCGACAGUCGUUGCUCCGAACCAAACCUUGACAUACCACGUCCAUCACUCAAAUCGCCGCGAGGAAGUUUCGAUUCACGUUCGCCUGAACGCUCCAGUCGCAAACGUAGUCAGUCUGCACAUGGCAGUAUGGAAAUGGGACAGCGGGCAACAGCAAUAGCAGCCUCCGAAGCCUGCUACCAGUAUUAUCCGAUAUACGAUAAUCAAACCUGCAGCGAUCAUUAUAUUUCAGCAGCUACACCGAGCAUACCGCGAGAUAACGGCACUACGGCGAGUACGCGUCGCUUAAGUAAAUCUUUAGAGCGCUCUACGUCGCGCGAAAGUACGACAAGUAGUUCUUAUCGUUAUGGCGUUUCGCCAGAACGCAUUUACACAAUCGAUACCAUAGGUACUAUGGGUCCACUGCGAUCGCAAUCGGCUGAAAAUGCAUUCGCACGUUACGCCUACUAUCCUCAAACAGGCCAACACUAUCCAAUGCAACAACAGGAAACAGUCCCCGCCGUUCAGUCAGCUGCCUUCAUGUAUACUCACGAACCACAGUGUCCACACGAGCGCAUCGCCGCCUACCAGCUAAGCUCUUCUGCGCCCGAGUAUACGACAUGCGUUGACUGUCUGUAUCAGAACAAACCUUCCUAGCAUAAGACCCGCGUGCGGCAAAGUCGCACGCGGAAGAAAACACCACGUGGCGUAGUUCAACUACCCACGGCAACGGCAUCAGGAAUGAUUUGCGCGGCCAGCUUUGAUCCUGACGCAGCCGUUGCGGCGGGUGCCAGCGAGGCAAGUGGGUGUGUGGA